AUGGUGCGAGGACUCGGGCUGACGUUGAGCUUCGCGGUGCUGGUUUCCCCAACUCUGGCGGGCAAUGCUUCGACUGCCGGCGCUGGCAAUGCUUCGACUGCCGGAAAUGCCUCGUUGAUGGGCAAGGGCAACGGCAAGAGGAAGGGCCAACUGAAGGCCCUGGCUUUGGAUGCCGCCGGGGAGAUCCACGAGCUGCAGGUGGAGAAGGAGCAGCUGCGGCAGGCUCUGUUGGAAGCCACCACAGGAGCCAACCUGGCGGCCAGCGCGGCCAGCGCUGCCGCGGCCGCCGCGGAGAAGGCUGCGGCGCGGAUGGUGCGGAAGGCCGGCGACGACCUUGUCGCUUCCGCUCCGGCUCCGGGUCGCCUCGUUCCAGCGGAGCAAGGGCUGCACCCUGUGGGGCUGGUGAUCAUGGCGGACGAGCUCUUUCAGAAGAGAUAUGCGCCUCAGAUCCAGUCGGUUCGGUGCUAUGUCCAGCAGCAAGGCUAUGAUCUGUGGCUGCUGAACGGCAUGAUGUUUCCGAGGUGUGUCGCGUUCCACAGCGACUUCUUCUACUUGAAGCACUGCGCCGUGGCGGAGUUCUUGGAGACUCAGAAGGAGGGGUACAGCGCGGUGGUGCUGGACGCCGACGUGGUGGCGGUGGCGCUGGACCGGCCCUUGGACUUCUGGCUCUCGAGCAAGUCUGAUCUGCAGUUCUACGAGCGCAUCGCCGGACCGGAAGUGAUGGCAGGAAACUACAUUGCCCGCAACGUGCCCUGGGUCCGCGAGUUCCUGCGGCACUGGGCCCUGCUGAGGAGCCGCAAGCCCCCGGGCUUCAGCUCCGCGGACAACGGGGCGCUCCACGUGAUGCUAAUCAACGCGCUGGAGCUGGACGGCGCAGCGCAGGUCACUGAGUUGUACACCAACCUCACUGCGACGGUGAAUGACUUGGCUCCCUACUGGAGCUUUGUGCGUGCUGCGCAGAAAGUGCUGGGCCCGCCUCGCACCUGGAGCCUCACCAGCACCGCCUUCGGGCGACGCCACGGGUGUCUCUGGCGCAGCUGCGAGCUCGCGGUGUGGCCCAGGAUGAGCUUCUUCGUGGAUGACGGGGUCUACCUUGAGCAGAAGGCCAGUGGCUUGGUGGGACCCAUCAUGCACCAUGGCAUCAAGGAUGCCAAGACUGUUGAACCUCAUUACUUCCAGAGCGUGUGGUCAUGCAUGAUCAACGCCCCGGAGGCCUUAGUGGAUGCCUCCAGCAUGGGCCAGGUGGCGUGGCGGGUGGCCGUUGGCUACCCCGAGCUCUACCCCCAGGGCUCCGGGUGCAUUGGCCCGCAGUGCGCCGAAGCCUGCGUCUCAAACUUCACCUGUUCGCCGCUGGGGGACUUCGAUGAGCCUCUGAUGCGCCAGUGGCAGCGGGACUACAAGUACUUCUUGGUGGUCCUUCGCCGGGUGCUGUGCUUUGCGCUGGCCUCCGUCGUGGUGCUGGGGGCAACCUGCGCCCUGGUGAGGCUCGAGCCAUGCAAUGAGCGGAAGCUCCACCCGAUGGUCUACAAGGAGGGGGAUGGCCAGACUGCGCCCAGCGUGGUUUCGUUGAAGACCUGCGACUUUCUGCAGAUCAACGGGCAGGAGGUGGGCUGUGUGCAAGCGGAAUGGUCCGGCCGGGUACUGAAGCGUAAGAAGCAGGAGGUGGGCGUCCUCUGUGAGGCGCCGAUCCACUUCGAGGCACAGAACGCCGCGGGGGCCAGCACCUGGAAGGCGGCGGAGGGCAAGAUUGUGGUGGCCCAGCGAGGGGACGAGGAGUUCGACGCCAUGGCGCGGCGGGCGGAGACUUCGGGGGCGGUGGGCCUGGUGGUGGUGGAUAGCCACGAGACCUUCGAGGACGACUUCGAGAUGGCCGCGGAGGACCCCCGGCGUCCGCCCCCGGUGCCGGCGGUGUUGGUGCCCAAGAGCUGGCAGCCCAUGCUGCGCAGCGGAGAAGCGGCCACCAUGGUAAGGAGGUACCAGCGCACUCCCUCCAAGGCGGACGCCCGGAUGCUGCAGUUCCUGCGGCUGCGGGGCGUGGAUGUGAGCCUCAAGGUCCAGUGA